AAGCCACCAAACACAAGUUCAAAAUCUGUAACACCCUCCUUCAGAAGCCUCCAGACACAUUUGGAAUUAACUUCAAAACCAUCCUUUAAAAUCCCUCCCUCAUUUGCCACCACUUCCCCAUCUCCCCUCCAUAACGUUCUUUACCUCUAGCCUCAAACAACUACUAAUCUCCUUCUCUUGAUAUUAUGGGUACUUUGAUAGGGCAUGUAAUACCAGGCUUUGGGUUUGUAUUAAUUGGAUUAUGGCACCUUUUCAACCACAUAAAGCUCCAUAUUCAACAUCCCAACUCCUACACAUCCCCAAUAUGGUUUCCCGCCUCCAAGUUCAAGUACUUGGAGCUCUUGUUGAUCAUCUUAGGUUCAUCAGCCUCCGUUGCCAUGGAACUCUUCGUCGCCCCCGAGAAACACCAACCGUUUGACGACGACGGAACCAUCCCUUCAAACCAUCUCCACAACUUCGAGCACGCUACGAUAUCCAUGACCUUCUUGGUCUACGCUUCCUUCGCUAUCGUUCUCGACAAGUUAGCCCCUCGAGCUCGCCAUGGUCUUACCCAAAUCCUCGGAGCCAUAGCCUUUGGUCAGCAACUACUACUUUUUCAUCUUCACUCUACUGACCACAACGGACCUGAGGGCCAGUACCACUUGCUUCUUCAGCUUGUUAUUCUUGUCUCCUUUGUCACAACCCUAAUGGGACUUGGUUUCCCCAGGAGCUUCUUGAUUAGCUUUGUGAGGUCACUCAGCAUAUUCUUCCAAGGUAUCUGGCUUAUGGUCAUGGGGUUUAUGCUUUGGACACCUGAGUUGAUUUCCAAAGGUUGUCUUCUAAACUAUGAAGAGGGUCACAAAGUGGUUAGGUGCCAAAGCGAGGAGGCACAUCACAGAGCCCUCUCCUUGGUGAAUCUUCUGUUCAGUUGGUUCGUGAUUGGAAUCGCGGUUUUUGGGGUGGCUUUCUAUUUGGUUUUGGUCAAGUUCUACGGUGGAAAGGUGGAGUAUUUUACUCUGGGAAGUGACCGUGAAGAUGAAGAAGAUGAUGAUGUGGAAUCCCAGAAGAAAAACAAUGUUGAGGGCUCAAAGAGUUUUGUGGAUCAUAUGGGAAAAACUGCCUUUGCGCCGAGAGACAUGGAGAGGUAGAAAAGAUUUUUAAAAAAAACGUACAAGGUAGCUACUGAAUCCUUUUAGCAUUAUACUGUGUGAUUGUAUGUAUAAUCAACUUGAUGGCUACACUUUACUUAAUUAAAGUGGACAUUUGUGGGUCGAACAUUAAGGGAAGUACAUAUGUGUUUAGGAAAGAAUUGGAGAGGGAAAUUGUUUGGUUUGCAUUGAUUAUUUACGGCUAUUCAGCCUAAAACCGAGUCUUCUAUGUUGGUGUGUAUACAUAUUAUGGAAACGCCAUUAGUGAUUGAAGAUGGAGAGAGCUGUUGAAUUGUAAAUUAUAAGUUUUUUUCUUCAUUUUAUGCAAUGUUUGCCUUAUCUUUAAGCUUAUAUGAGUGAUAAUGAUUUCAUAACAAGCUAGUCUUUUUUUUAUAUUAAUGACGUACAAAGAUAGUCUCAGUUGACAAUUCUGCUUCUUAACAUGCUUGUACCAAAAAAGAAAACUCUUC